GCGAGAGAGGACAGAAGGAUCCGUAGAGAAGAGAGCGUGCGAUAUAACACAUCGAUCUGCGUUCGCGCAAGCGUGUUUCCCCGUUGUCUGGCAGCCCGAGCAGAUUUUGCCCGUGCCACCCUGUAUAGGCCGUGACCGGGAUACGAUACCAACAGGUGAUGCUGGAGGAGUACGGAGAGACACUCCCUCAAGCGGCAUCGUUGAUCGUCGUCCCCCGAGUCCUGAUCCUGACUGGUGAUUUAAGUAAACGUUUUUUAAACCAGCGUCUCCUGUUCCCGUUUCCCGUUCAACUAGUUCUCCACGGAGGAAGGAGGAUCAAUCGUUAAAAAACGUAACGUUAAAUGAGAGAAGAGAAGAGGAUCGGGUUAUAAUUAUAUAUAUUCGUUGAUCAAAGCCUUUCCUCGAUCAAGCUUUUCGAUCGUAGUUUCAGUGAACGGAUACCCAAAAGUUUCUAAUUUUGAUUUCUUUUCUUUUCGUUUGCUUUUGUUCACUUGUAUACCAUAGUGGUUUAUUUGCUUUUUUCUUUCUUUCUUUCUUUCUUUCUUUUUUUUUUGCAAAAGAUUCUGUGAUAUCUGAUGAGAUGAUAGUAAGAGGAGAAUACAUCGAAAAUCGGAAGGGAUUAAUCCUGGAUAAAUAGAAACUGAUAAAUAGUCGGUGCUCGGCCGGGAGAUCGAGGCCUCGUACCUCGUGGUUUAUGCACGUCGAAGUUGGAAAGCCGUGGGCAACGCGUGUCCCGUAAGGUGGGACAGGAAGAGAGGUGGGAAUUCUCGUGGUGGGAAAAGUCAUGGAUGAUGAUCCAGUGCGGAUUCAGCGGGUCCCGGCCAAUGAGUCGCAGGAUCGUGCGUGAGAAAGGAAGAAAAGAGGAAAUUUGAUCAAUUGGAUUAAUUGGAAUAUAUUAUUGGAUUUGUUUCUCUCGAUUGGGAUGGAUGUUUGGAGAGUGAAACGGACUCAUUUGUCGAUCAGUCGAGCAUCGAAGAUCGCUGAAGGAAAGGAGCAACGAGGAUGUGGAAGGGAUGCGAAAGAAGAUUGUCGAAAAGAUCGAUGUGUCGAUGAAGAAAUGAAAUUUUCCACUUUCCACGCCUUUGUGUUUUGAAGGAAAUUUUAAAGUUUGGAGAAGAGUGAACGCCGAGGGAGGAAGAGAGCAAAAGGUAUUUCUCGAUACUUUUUUCGAGAUAAAUUAAUGUAAAUUUAACGCGAAAUUAUUAACGAUUAUUAUUAUUCGUUUUUAUGAAAAAUAUUCUUUUCUAUCUCUUUCUUUUUAAAUAACUCAAGGAUUUAAUUACUUAUUAAAAUAUAACAGUUAAAAGAGAGAGAAAUAAAUGUAAGAAAUAUUUACACGAAACGGAUACGAAAGGGAUAAAUAAAUGAGUAUCGCCGAUAUCGAAAACAACACGAGAAAUAAAUGCACAGAUACAAAUAAAUAGCAUUUGGAAAUUCGGAAUGGAUAUGGAAAAUUGGAGCAAUCGAUUGCUAGUGGUAAAUGACUCUGACUUCCCUGAUUACACUAUAAUAUGAUGAAACCCCGUUCAAUUUAAUCUACGAUAAAUCUAAUUGCAAAUUGUCGGAUAAAAUCGGCGUGCCGAAUGCUUUCGACUGCCUUCUCCCGAAGCAUUGAAAGCACACGAAACCCGCAAACGAAAAUCAUCGCCAAAUUUUUACCAAAAUUUCUAAUAAAUAAUUCUUAAAAUAAAAAAGAAAUUAAAAACAAUUUCAUUCAUCGUUGAAUGAAAACGAUCGAACGAAUUAUCAACACAUCUCUCGAAACUUAACUCUCGUUGCAAAAUACAACACGACAAUUAAACCACUUUAAAAAAAAAAAAAGAAGACGCAUCUACGGUUCUCUCCUGAAAAGAAACGAGCCGCAACCGUUUACAAGCAUCUCGUGUAAAGCAGGAGAAGUGAACGAAUGAAUCCAUUAAAAGAAAAAAAAUAUCAAACAGAAGGCACUUCUCAAAGGGGGACUUCGUGAACGAGAUAAAUAUCAAAGAGUUUUUUUUUUUUUUUUUUUUUUUCGAAACUUCAUCCGGCCGCCCCAGUUACAAAAUUAUCCCGAGUGUCUAACACUCUGUGCGUGCAGUCUGAAUCGAUACUCUGUCCGAAUUUUGAAACCUUUCGUUUGUUUCGAGGGAACAAAGGGUUAAAGGCAACACCACCGUUAACGUACAACGAGGACCUCGACGUGUGAAUGAAAUUCGCACGUUACAGGAUUAAUUGGCAAUUCGCUCGACGGUCGGCUAAUUGGGGAAUUAGGGAGGAAGAGAGCCCAGGAGGAAGAGAAGUCGUUGAAAUGACAAACGUGGUUCAAGAGGCACACGGUCUAAGUGCGUUUCUCGUGCUCGUCUCGCCGCCAGUGUUUCUCGCGUGCCACGUGUUGGGAUGAAAAUAAAACCCUCCGAUACACGAUAUUCCGUUGUGAAUGACGAUGUGCUUUUUAAAGUUUGAUCCAUUGCUUGUGUAAUUGAUCGAAGGGAUACGUUAUAUAUAUCUUUGAAAAUUGAAACGAGGCGCGGAACGUGGUUGUACGAUUUUAACGAUAACGUUUUAAUAGACACUCGAAUGGAGGAAACGAACUUGGAAGAGAAUAUUGGUCGUCGAGGAGAAGAGUAGAGAGAUGGUACGAUAAGGAACACGGAGUGGCGGGAAGGAUUUAUUCCAACUUUAGGAGAGCAAAAUGCCCCAAGGAAGCAUCCAUUGGCAGGGGACGCAGAGAAGAGCCUGCGGUCCAGGAGCUCACUGGAAUGUUCAGGUGGUGAGAGGCAAGGUGACAACACGAUGCUUGUGGUACGCCUGCAAAGCUCUCGGAAUUGGUCUGCUACUAAUGCUUUUAGGAGCUUGCAUGGCGACCAUAGGAUACUUCGCAGAUCAGCUAUCCGUGGCUCAAGAGAUCAGAGGUAAUUUAACGAUAAAAGUGAAGAAUGAAUCACGCGGAUUUCAUCUGAAUAACCUCAGUUAUGCUGGCCCAAUUGUAAUGGGCGUAGGAGGAUUUAUCGUGGUGGCUGCCUGCGUAAUGACCUUCGAGGCCCGUGACAACGCUGCCAAAGUGGUUCCGGCCCGUUUCCGCUUUAAUCAAACGUCGACAAUAAAAAAUACGAGGAAUCAACGGAACCGUAGAUCCACGUCUAGUCAAACGACGAAAUGGGAUCAUCAAUUAGGCGUGUUCAAAGUGAACAGAAGUCCGAGCCCGAGCAUACACGAGGUCUCGAGGAAACAAUUGACCGCGGAGUUCAUGCAGUUUUCGAAAGAAUUGAACGAGAAACAGGCUGGCCACUCGAUCAAGAAGAGCCCCAGCGCGCCAACUUUGAUAGAGAAAAAAUCACCGCGUAAAAGAACAUCGAAGUACGCUGGAUGCGCUUUAUUAAAUCCGGAAUUAUUGCAGAGACAUGCCCUUUCCGUUGACAAUCCGAGCUACAGCCCUCACCAGGUCAGCAGAGAAAGUUUGGAUCAGCAAAAGAUGGGAGGAAGCCAGGUUUCAAUGGCGAUGGAUUUGCACAUUCCUAAUAAAGGUCCAGUUACGUUGAAAGUUAAAGAUAGAUCGGACACGGCGAGACGUCAUCAACUGCUUCGACAAACGAAAGUUGAUUACGUGGAAGAAGUUGAUGAAGCUGUUAAAUCACCGACUGGUCGCGGUUACUCGCCUAAAUUAUCAGGUGCCUAUAGCAAAUACCCGGACGAUUUUGUGCCGAGGAAAAGAAACUCGAUAGAUAUAAAAUUAUUAGAAGAAUUGACAGCGUCGAAAGAUCUUACGAAAAUAUCGCCUAGAGAUUUUCGUAAAAUCUCUUCGCCGAGCUUCCAUAAAAUGUCAUUCGACAAGAGUGGAAGUGAUCGCAGAAUCGAGAGAAGCAUGGGCCAGCGUAAAGCCAGCCUUGAAUUCAGGAAAAGUCCCGACUUUCGAAGGGGAGAUUACAGGAAAUUGUCAGUGGACAGAUUCAGUAUCGAUUGCGCUAAAUACCUAUCCGACGAUGUGGAAAUGAGAUCAAGGGCGAGCAGCGGUGACAAUCUGAGAAGACAACGGCAACCGAAACUGCAUCAUUCCAGAUCGGAUGACAAUAAGAGGGCGUCGUUCGAAAGGCAGCAGAAAGACGCUCAAUCGAGCCGAUACUCUUUGAACACGCAAGCGGUCAUCGAGAGUGGGGGAUCAGAGGCCGAAUUCAAGUAUUUCACGGCAACGUCACUUGACACGGAGGAAAGUCGCGCUGACAAUUCAGACGACAGCCACGCGAUCGAUAUAGAUAUAGAACAGAUAGCGGCUAAUGUGCCGUCCGACGGGCCGACGGAAGCCGAUGCCUUGCUCGAGGAACCUGAAUUAGAGAACGUGGCCGAAACCGACGUUGAGAGGUAUGAGACGACGUUGGAUGAGACUGAAACGAGGUACGAUGAAGCUGCAUUGAGAAGGAAAAAUUUAAUACCUGACGAUCAGAGAUCGAAGAGACAGGGGAAAAGUAAUAUACGUAACAUGGAUGAAAGAUUGGACGAUUUUGUGAAAGGCAAAGAGACGAUAUUGUACAUAAAAGAGCAGGAGAUUUAGAAGAAAGACUAUCGAUCAUCGUCUGAUCUAGUAUAUGAGAUUGUAAUAAUAAAACGUGUAUUGCGACUGCCUCGAAUGAUUCGAGGGAAGAUUUUUGAAAAAUGUUCGAAUUUUCCAAAGUUAAGUACACGUUUAAUAGGAUAUUGAAAAAUUGAUAAAUUUAUUGUAUCCAAGUUGAUACAGCCAAUUUGUUGUUUGAUAACGAAUAUAUUUGUUAAAGAAAAAAAAAAAAAGAAUUAAAUAUUUAUAAUAUUCGAGGUAUAAAAUUCAAUGAACAUUGCGCAAAUUGUAUAAAAUAAUGAUCACGUUUAGAAAGGAUAGAUAGUUUAUUAUGUGGCAGUUUGUUACGAUUGCAUUUUUACAUAGUGGAAUUUAAACGAAAUUUGAAACAAAUGUGAUGGAACGAGUACGAAGAAUUAUUAAAAACGAUACUUUUCGAGCGAAUAAAUGUUCUUAUUAAUAAAAUUCGCUCCGAAUUGUUAUAAUUUCUUUUUAUAAUCGUUUCCUAUUGUAUUUCGUUUUGCGAUUAUUCGAAUAAUUAAAUUAAUCUUCUCUGAUUAAUAUUAAAUACAGUAAUACGCGAUGAUACAUGCUCAAUGAUCUCAAUCACAUUAGUGUAAAUAAAGUUUAAUAUAGUUUAUCGCGGAUUGUAUUUCGUUGCAAGACAAUCAUUUUUUCGAAAGAAAAUUACUUUCCUCGCGAGAGAAAAAAAAAAACAUGAUAAAUAUAAAAAAAAAUUUGCCGCACUGAUGACAAAUAAUAAAAUAUACAUACCUUCUUAUGUGAUCCGUUGAUCUGUACAAAAUUAAUAAUAUUUAUAAUGAAGAAAUACAUAAUAGAAAUUAUGUUGAAAUCGCGAAACAUAUUUCUGCCCAAGAUUAUUAUAGCCUUCUGCAUAUGUACGAACAAUUUCGUCAUUGUUUAUGACGAAAAAAAUAAAGCGAAGAGACGAUCGUGAAUUGAUUCGCGCUGAUUCAUCCGAUUAUUCGAGCUAUUUCAAACUUGGCGAUGUAUCAAAAGUUAAAAAUAUUUAAUAUGAACUAUAACGCAAACACGUAGCAUAAAUUUUUAACAAACUCGAAAUAUCUAGAAAAUAAAAUUGAAAAACAAUGCAAAUCUUACGAACUAUUUGCAAUGAUUCUUGAAAUUUUACUAAAAGCAGCUAUUUUCCAGUUUUUAAAGCUUUCAAUAUAUAUAUAUAUAUCGUAUUACCACUUUUUAAUCUAAACUAUAAUGCUAUGACUGCUAAAAAGAAAAUAACAGAAUGUAUCAAUGUUUCAAAUAACAUUUUUCUCGAAAAGUUAUACGAUUAAAAGAUAAAAUUUUAAGAACCAUGCUAAGAAAAAUCAAUGUGUAUUUAUUCAUAUGACAUGGUUUUUUCAUUAUAUCAUACCAAACGUAUAUACGAUCAUUAUACAAUGUUGAAACAUCUCUAAUAACAUAUUUUACAAAAGUUCAAUAAUUCGAAAAUAGAAUUAACUAUCAAGAACUUUCUUAUUCUAUUGUUAAACCGUUUCACGUAAUUGAAUAGCCAUAAAUUGUGGCCUAUUUCAUUAUAUCAGAUGUCGAAAUCGAUCUUUCAGAUUCGAUAAAAAAUACUUUUUUCUUAGAUAAUAUAACGAGAACGAAAGAAUCAAUGGAUUUUAUAUGUAUUUGAAUCGAGUAUAAAUAAAAAAAAAAAAAAAAGAAA